AUGCGGACUUCCACCACAAGUGAAGGAAGUCUGAGCUGGGCAUCUCUCCAUUCUCUUCACAUUCUUGCCAUUGUUGACUCUCACCAACAGAAGAUCGAGUGUCUAAAUGUAAUCAUCCUUACUGCAACAAAUGUUACCGAGCUGGACGGGCAAUGGGAUUGUCUGAUUGAAUUAACAAGUUCUAGUGGCCUUCUAGCAUUGGCGGAACCGUUUGUAUCUAAGCGCUUGAGAACCACUCAGUCAGAUGUAGAAACUGCUCAACCUCUAUCAAAACUGUGUCUUGAAUUCCCAGAUCUUUACAUAGGUUGCUAUCGUGAAUCCAGAACUGGUCCCCUUGUUAUUAGUUUUGAAGGCAAGCUGCGGAAGCACUUUGCAAGAAGUUUCAUCCUGGGGCUUUCUAUGAAAUCAAUUGACUUGAGGGGGGUGAAACUGCUCGUCUUUGAACCAUAGCCUGCUCGGGCAUUGACUGAGCUUUGUUGUAGCGGCGUCAGGCGGCCUUUCUAUCGGGGGAUUAAGAUAGUUGGUGGGUGGGUGGCAUUGGAAUUACAACGGGGGAAAGGUUUAUUUUAUUUUAUUUUAUUUUAAAAUCAUUAAGAAAAUAAUUAAAAAUUAAAAAUAGAACAAUUUCGGAACUUGUAAAGACCUUGAUUUAGUUUUUAGGAAGGGAAUUGUUAAGCAGUGUUGUCAGGCUAGUAACAAGCGCACAAGACAAUGUAUUAGUUGUUGGGCAAAGGAAAGAAAUGUUGUUGCUGAUCCAAUUGAAACUUUCAGUGCCUUCUUCGCAUUCA